AUGACCGAGGUUACCGACUCCAGCCAGAAGAAGCGCAAGCUACAAGACGGCCCCGAACUUGAGAUCGAUAUUUCUGCGCCAGAACCGCCAUCCAAAAAAGCACUCCGCAAAGAUAUUGAUGACUCGAAGGCCAAGCGCUCUGAAUAUGGAGUCUGGAUUGGUAACCUGGGAUUCUCCAUGACCAAGGACGAUCUCCGCCAGUUCUUCACCAGCAAUUGCUCUUUUUCCGAUGCUACGAUUACUCGAGUGCAUAUGCCCAAGGGUGCAGAGAAAUUUGGACGGCCUCAGAACAAGGGUUUUGCCUACGUUGACUUUUCCACCCAGAAGGCGUUGGACGAGGCCUUGACUCUGAGCGAGCAACUUUUGACAGGUCGCCGAGUUUUGAUCAAGAAUGCAAAAAGCUUCGAGGGCCGACCGGAAAAGUCUCACGACCAGGGUAACGGCACUCCUACGGGCAAGCCCGGCAACCCUCCGUCCAAACGAAUCUUCGUGGGCAACCUCAGUUUCGACGUAACAAAAGAGGAUCUUGAGGAGCACUUCGGCAAAUGUGGUACGAUAACCAAUGUGCAUAUGGCGACUUUCCAGGAUACAGGAAAAUGCAAGGGGUAUGCCUGGGUGGAGUUUGAAGAUAUUGCAGCCUCGGAAGCGGCGGUGAAGGGCUUCAUCAUGGUCAAGGAGGAUGAGGAAUCCAGCGACAAAAAAAAGAAAAAGAAGACCAAGAAGCCUUUCCAACGUCGGGUAUGGGUGAACCAGCUGAUGGGCCGCCGGAUGCGAAUGGAGUUUGCCGAAGACGCAUCAACCCGGUACAAGAAGCGUUUUGGCAAGGAUGGCGAGGGCAAGAAGAACGGUCAGCCUGGCAUCACGGAUGUCGAUGAGGAGGAAACUGAAGGGCAACCCCGGGUCUUCAAACCGAAGAAACAGGAUGUUGAUGAGUCCCGAUACUCGAAAGAGACGGUCCAGCGACUCAGCGGUGCUAUUGUUGAGGCCCAAGGCAAGAAAACCACCUUCGAUUGA